AUGAAGGCCGUACUUUUGACGAACCUUCCGGUGGAGACUUACCAAUUGGCGAAGGAUUUAGUGGCCCCCACGCAACUGAAAGAUGACGCCAUUACCUAUGAGAUCAUCGUGGAGCGAAUGCGGGAACAACUGAAACCUGAAAGAUCAGCGCUGGUUGCGAGGUAUGAGUUCGACAACCGAGCCAGGAAUUCCGGUGAGUCAGUUAGUCAUUAUGUAGCCACGCUGAAGCACUUGGCCACAGAAUGUAAGUUUGGAGAGGCCAUGCGAACCGAGCGCCUUCGUGACCGAUUAGUUUCAGGUAUCCGCGACUCGAAGAUGAUUACGGAAUUGUUGAAAGUAAAACUCGCCGACCUUUCAUUUGACCUCGCGGUUCAAAAGUGUUUGGCCAUUGAGCAGGCUAAUAAAGAUGUUCAGGUGCUUCAGGGAGAACAAGGGCCAGGCACCCCAAUCAAUAAACUUGACACUGUCAAAACUGGGGAAGAACAAGCCAUAUCCAAGCCACCACCUAGGGCCGAGGGUCCCCGAGGUAAGGACAGUAAGAAGUCUAAACCUUGUUACCGCUGUUCAGGGUCACAUAACUCACAAAAGUGUCCCUUCAUGAAAGAACGCUGUUUUCAUUGUGGCAUCAUUGGACAUACACAGAGAGCAUGUAGGAAGAGACAGGCCACCUCACAGAUGACUGAGGCUGGAAUCAAUGUCAUGGAGGGUGAUGAUUCCGAAGAAAGUGAUGGAGAAUUUGGGAACCUGUACCAUGUCUCAGACAUUAAAAACACAAAGCCCAUUUCACUCAAGAUCUACCUUGAAGGCCGCCCAGUGACUAUGGAGCUGGAUACAGGUUCAGUGGUGUCAGUCAUGAGUGAGAGGGUGUAUUUGGAUUACCUCCGCCACAUUCCUUUAAAGGACACCUCCUUGAAGUUGCGCACAUACACCGGAGAGUCAGUGAAGCCUAUGGGGUUUUGCCAUGUGACUGUGCAGUAUCAGGGACAGUCAAAGAAACUUCCCAUAUAUGUAGUGAAGAAUGAGGGACCCACCCUUUUUGGCAGAGAAUGGCUGGAAUCUAUCCAUCUGGACUGGCCCUUACUUCGUCUGGAAACAUCCGACACCAUUCCAGCCCUGGAAGAUGUCCUGAGUAAGCAUGGAGAUGUUUUCUCUGAAGGUUUGGGCAAAAUGAAGAAUAUCCAAGCACGGAUCCAAGUUAAAGAGGAUGCCCGGCCUCGAUUCUGGAAAGCCCGCCCAGUAGCGCUGGCUCGUAAACCAGCAGUGGACGAAGCAUUGAGAGAGCUGGAAGCUGAAGGAGUUAUAAAGAAGGUAGCUACUAGUGAGUGGGCUGCUCCAAUUGUGACACCUGUGAAGAAGGAUGGCAGUGUAAGAGUGUGUGGUGACUUCAAAGAGACCAUCAAUUCACAGCUGGAGGUAGACGAGUACCCACUUCCCCGCAUUGAUGAUAUUUACGCCAGCCUAGGUGGGGGAACGUUGUUCAGCGUCAUUGACCUUCGUCAAGCUUACUUACAAAUGGAGGUUGAGGAGCACUCCAGGCCUUUCCUCACCAUUAACACAACCCGUGGUUUGUUCCAGUACCAGCGCCUUCCUUAUGGUGUAGCUUCGGCGCCAGCCAUCUGGCAGCGAGCUAUGGAUCAGAUCCUGCAAGGACUACCAGGGGUCUUCUGUUACCUGGAUGAUAUCAUUAUAACCGGCCAUACCAUAGAGGAACACCUGGAGCGGUUAGUCGCAGUAUUGAAGAGGUUGGAAGAGUAUGGUUUGAAAGCCAACCGAGAAAAGUGUAAAUUCCUUAGAAGUUUUGUGGAGUACCUAGGACACGUCAUCUCUGCAGAAGGACUGCACCAAUCCCCAAAGAAAGUAAAGGCUAUCACUGAGAUGCCGAAACCUCAGGAUGUUACUCAACUGCGUGCUUUUCUUGGCAUGGUCCAGUAUUACGCCAAAUUCUUGCCCGAUCUGGCCACUCAUCUUGCUCCACUUCAUCGGCUGUUACAGAAAGAUGUGACGUGGUUGUGGGGAGCUGCGGAACAAACUAGUUUUCUUGUGGUGAAAGAAAUGUUGCUACAGGAUAGGGUUCUGAUGCGCUAUGACCCUGACUCACCACUAGUUCUUGCCACAGACAGCUCCUCGUAUGGUCUCGGAGCGGUCUUGUCACACCGUACUUCUGAGGGAGUAGAGCGUCCUAUCGCUUAUGCGUCCCGGUCCCUGUCCGAAACAGAGAAGAAGUUCUCACAAAUUGAGAAAGAAGCAUUAUCUUUGGUCUGGGGUGUGAAGAAGUUCCAAAUGUACCUGGAGGGUCGCCACUUCACCUUGGUCACCGACCAUCAGCCUUUGAAGCACAUAAUGGACCCCGGGAAGGCUGUGCCAGUCACAGCAGCAGCGAGGAUUCAACGUUGGUGUCUCUUCCUAGGAGCUUUUUCAUACAAUGUCGAGUUCCGAGGUACCAAGCAACAUGCCAAUUGUGAUGGUUUAUCUCGCCUACCUCAACCAUCAGCGCCCGCUGACAAGCCCGAUGAAGUUGAAAUAUUCCAUACCACCGUUGUCGAGGCCCUCCCCGUUACAGAGCACGACUUGAGAAUGCAGACCCGUAGGGAUCCAGUACUUUCCCGUGUUCUGGAGCUUGUGCAGUCAGGAUGGCAAGGGACCGAACUUCACCCAGAGCUCAUCCACUAUGCCCAUCGCGGUAACGAAAUCACGAUUCAUCAUGGAGUUCUAAUGUGGGGUAGUAGAGUAGUCGUCCCAGCCAAACUGAGAGAGAGAGUUUUAGAAACGCUUCACGAGGGUCACAUUGGUAUGGUCAAGAUGAAGGGUUUGUCCCGGGGUUUUGUUUGGUGGCCAAACAUUGACAAGGACAUAGAAGGGGCCGUCCGAAACUGUGAGGGAUGUCAAGAGUUGGCAAAUAAUCCAGCCCGUGCACCCCUGCAUCGAUGGGAGUACCCUUCCCUUCCCUGGCAAAGACUGCAUAUUGACUUUGCCGGACCAGUCGAGGGAAAGAUGCUCAUGGUAGUGAUCGAUGCCCACAGCAAGUGGCCGGAGAUUUUCGUGAUGGAGAUCACCACUGCUGAAGAAACCGAAACUACAACUGCGAACGGUAUAAAGCAUGUCACUGGUGCACCUUACCAUCCAUCAACCAAUGGUCAGGCGGAAAGAUUAGUACAGAGUUUCAAGAAAGGAGUUAAGGCUGACAAGUCCAGUAGAACCCUGCAACACAAGCUUGAUAGGUUCCUGUUAGCUUAUCGAUCAGCGCCACACGCCACUACUGAGCUUAGCCCUGCACAGCUUCUCCUGGGUCGGAAUGUUAAGACAAGGUUGGAUCUGAUUAAGCCGGAUGUUUCAAGAAAAGUUAACAAGAAGUUGCUCCAGCCCAAUGACCGCACUUUAAAGUCUUUUGACCAAAACCAGAACGUAUGGGUCCGCAACUACCGCAGAGGUCCAAAAUGGGUGCGUGGCACCGUCAUUGAACAAACGGGUCCAGUCCUGUACAAAGUCAAGGUAAACGACCAAACCUGGAAACGUCAUGUCGAGCAGCUACGGGAUAGCAACCUUUGCCCACCUGACGCGGAAACGAUGGAUGAUUGUGCUGUUCCGGAGGAGGUCGAACAUGACACACCGCCUGUAGCUACGGAGACUGAGUGGAAGGAUGCACCACCUUUGGCUGUGACGCCUAUUGGGGAGUUUUCCCCUCCAGAACCACAAGGUCAUCAACUAGAUCCGAAACCUGAAUCGAUUACCACCCGUGCCGGUCGUUUGGUUAAACCACCUCCUAAGUUGAAGGACUAUGUUUGCGGCUAG